GAUGCGCACUCGUGCAUUUUCAGGCCAUGCGUCGUUGCUUGCGCCCGCAGCUCAGUGGUGCGGCGCGUCUCCUUCUCAUCACUUCACCCAAGAGGGAAACGUACAAGGACGUGGCGAAGGUCAACGCGCUGAUGCUGUACAUGCCACUGUGGUCGAUGGAGGAGCUUCUGGCUUGCCGCAGCAAGCUGGGCCUCCCUGUGCCGGAGGCGUUCGUCAAGAAGUGCUUCGAGCGGCGCACCUGCACGCCGCGUGGAGGGCAGCAGCGGCGCUGGUGGUGGCCUCAGCGUCCGCCUCGGCCUCAGAUCCCGCGUCCGCCGCGGCGUCGGCCGCGGCGGCGGGCGUCCCUAGCCCGCCGGGGCAAACUGGACCUCCUGCAGUCGCCAGAGGCGGUGUAGCAGCAGCAGGAGCAGCAGGGGGUGGCGGUGGGACAGAGGCGUGGAGGCAGCAGCUGAGUGCCAGCACGCUUCUGCCGGCAGAGCCGGAGGCGGCAGCGAGUGCGUCGUUGGGAGGCAGCGGUGCGGAUGGCGGGGCCGCGGUGCGGAUGGCGGGGCCGCGGUGCGCAGCGACAUGUGCGCAGGCGCCGGGACUGGUGGCCCCAGCGGUGGUGGCCCCCGCGGGGUGUGUGCGGGGGGUCGGCUGCGCUGCCUGGCUGUGUGUGCGCAGCACCUGUACGCGGACGCGGUGCUGGACGAGACGGAGCUGGAGUUCGAGGCGGAGGUGCUGCAGUGGCAGAUAAGGCGAGCGGCGGCGUCGCAAGGUAGUGGCGUCUGAGGGAGUGAUGUCUGCCGAUGCGACAUUCAACCGCCUGCUGAAAGAGCUUCGCGGGGCGGUAAACAGUGGCAUGCGGUUGCGGCAAGUACCGGUAGUUGGAGAAGUGGUGGCUUGUGCUCGCCAGCUCUCCCCAUACAUGCAUGGCUUAGGCUGGCUUCUUGAGGUUCCUGCCAACGUGUUGUUGUCACGACCAGUCCCCGCCGCUACUGUAGGUGCGUGCGGCAUUGGCAGACGCCAGCGCCCAGGACACGGGGCCGGAGGCCAGCCACCGCGUGAUCCACAUCACAACGGACAGCGGCUUCUGCGAGCGGCAGCUCGUGUUGGCCAGCCGCUGGAUGGGUACCCAUAGCGGAGGUGUUCACUGCCACUGCGGCUUGGCUUUGCGCCUCAAGUCAUCAACUCGCGGAAGGUCGUCUGGGGCUACACAUCAGUUCUUCUACGGCUCAAGGUCAGCUUGCUUUAUCUGUAUGUAUCUGCACGACCUGUCUGCAGGGCGGGGAGUUCACCGGCGUGCCAGUCGAUUUCACCGACGGCGUGGCGAAGCUGGAGCGAGGCACCGAGCAGAUGCUCAAGGUGCCCGCAUGCAGCGAGGUUGUGCUCUUCGAGGAAGGUGGGAGUGGUCCAAGGGCGGGGCUCACGGGGAGGCGCCAGCGCACGAGGGGCGGCCUGGCGGAAGGCACGGUAGGUCGUGCAGGGCCUGCAUGCGAGGAGGUUCUCCUGAUCUUUGCGGUGCCGGAGGACGUCUACCCGGACUUGAAGCUGAACGUGAAAAUGGGCAACGAGGGCACGAGGCCAGCAGCCCGCGCCAGGGGCCGGCCAAGAAAGGCCUUCCCCCCCGGCGCCGGCCCUGGCCCCGUGCCCCAAGCUGUACAUCAUGCGGGUGCCGCGUACGCGGUUGGAGGUGCGCGCCCUGUCCGCACAAGGCGGACGCCCCGGGGUGCGCACGCGCAGCGGGCUGCGGUUGUAGACCAGCAGCAGGCCUCAGAUGUGGGGCGUGAGAGGAGGCGUGGCAUAUGCCGUUUCGUGUCGGGCGUGGUGGUUGUACGGCGGCUGUGCGGUGGUCCCCCACCUGCGAUACGACUUACACGGUUAGUGUUAUCGAGGUUACCGUAGCGAGUGCGCUGGUGUGCUGGUGGACCCCACCGGGAGGUAGGCGGGUUACAGGUGACGCGCACACGCCCCACCAAAUCUGGGCGAUUCUGGUUCCAAAUGAGUCGGAGGAAUAAGUAAUCGGCAGUUGUACGAAUGUGGAUUGAGACAAUUGGGCCGAACGGGAGGUAGAUUGCAUUGGUUACAAGAGGGACAGGCAGCUGCUGUGCACCCUUGCUCGACUGUUACACGUUUGUGGCCCAGGCCGGCCCAGGCCCCUCCUCUGCCUCUCCAGAGCCUAGCCUGAGGUUAGCCAUCAGCUUCAUCGUCGCUCGCAUCCCUGUUGACUCUUCAUUAUCAAACCGACUGCGGUUCCAGGCCAUGACCCUCGCGCGAGCCCACACAUGAACCUAAGUGAGGAGCAAGGGCUGCUGGUGUGGCGUGGUGCGGGCGAACGGCUCUACAGACUCAUUUGCAGUGUUAUACAGCCUCAAAAACUAUUCCAGAUGUGCAAGGUGUGCACUGUGCACCAUGGAAGCGCACGCGCACGGGGUCCACAGGGAACAGCAGGUGCAAGGACCGCGGGCACGUACGGGUUCGAGACC